UACGAGAAGGAAAUACAUGCAACAGCGGUCACGGCUGAUAAAGCGACCUGGGUUGGUACUCGAAAACGACGCUAUUCUAAGGAUUUCACAGGUGCGGAGCGUUUCACCGUAGCAGAUGCAAGUGUUGCUUGUAGCAACAUGGCACUAUCGCCAUCGACCCGAAUUGGUUGGUCGCUGAAAGUGUUUCUCUUUAUUGCUGUGUUGGCGGCAUUGACGGCUUGGCUCACCAGUUCAGUGGAGGUUCCUUGGCGUACGUCUCUGGGGCCGCACCUGGAUUAUGUGAAUGGCCCACCACCUGUAUGA